AUGACUGCGUUUUGCGGCACAAUUUUACACCACAGCUGCAGAGGCCUACACGGUGUUUCAUUCCUCCGCGAUUCCCAUCACCGGCGGCCCGCGGGAUUGGCGCGCACCACCAGCGCCACCACCACCGCCAUGACGGUCGACGCGACCACCCGCGACCCCCCUUCGUGCGCACACGACCCACCAUCAGGCCGAAGUCCUCCUCCGCCCACGGUUACCCAGCCCCUGGAACCCUCUCCACAUUGCUGGCGUAUGCGCACCCUGCCUCUACCCGUCAAAUCCAUUCAAUCCACGACAUCCAAUACGACACACGUGCAGGUUGCCAGCGCAACCCCGGACAGCGACCACAUCCCCCCCACUUCCAUCAGCCCCCCUGGCGGCAACAACACCGGAGUUGCAGCUGCUGCAGCCGAAGCCGAAGCCACAGCUGGAGGACUCUCCAAAACUCGCGUUCCUGCGGUCGUUCGCCGCCCGGACCCAGAUCCCGCUGUCGCGGUGGCCCUCGCAGCCGUCGCACUGGCGGUGCUGCCGCUCCUGCACCUGCUUCGCCAUGCAGAGCUAGCGGCCCGUGGUCUCACCGCUGUGAUGGCUUUUUCCACAGCAGCAGCAGCAGCGGCGCUGCCUCUCACACGUCCAUCUCAGGCCGUGAAGCCUCAAGUGUUAUAUGGGCACCCAGGCGGUGCGCAGCAUCAGAAGGAAGGAGAAGAAGAAGAAGAAGGGCGAAACCGAUGUUCGCAGCUGCAAAGACAGGACCAUCGCGUAAUGGCGAGAGUGGCAGCGAGAGUGGCAGCGACAGCGACGGCGACGGCGGCAGAGGCAGGGGCCGCAGUGACCCACGGGUCAGUCAGCGGCAGUAGCUGCAGCGAUAGCGGAUUCCCGGGCGUAUUCAUCCUGCCUCUACCACGGGAGCUCGCGCUGCAGCCCGCAGCCCUCGCGGUGCUCCUGCUGCCUCUGCUGGCCUCGGUCGUGGCAGCGGCGGCAGCGGCCGUCAGCGGUGGCAGCGGCAUUGGCGGCGGCGGCGGUGGUGUCUCCGCGUCCACCGCCUGGUGGCGAGCGGCGUUUUGCUACGCUGUAGCGCUUCUGGUACCGAGUCCCGGGCCACACGCGUCCCGCAUGGCUUCUGCGGCGGCAGCGGGCGUUACGGUGCGGCGGCACCGCCGCCAAGUCCUAUUUAGGCUCCUAGGGAUCUUUGCACUACAGGGAUUUAGGGUGGUGCUGUUGGCAGUAGCAUAUCUGGCGGUUGUACAGGCCAGCCGGGGACCAGCUGUAGCAGCCCCGGCGGCGGCUGUAGCGGCGGCUGCGAUGGCGGCGACUGGAUCCUUCUGGGCUCUUCACGCUGCAGGCGUGUUGGCGACUGUCGUACAUAACAGCUGA